CCCAGAUCCGUAGCCCCUGGGACGAUUCAAGAGACGUUCUACCUGUCCCUCUCCCCUCCAUCUGCCGAGGACUCUCUACCCAGGCUAUACAUCUAGGCCAUCUCCAGUCUAUCCCUUCCCGGUUUGCUCCCUCUGUGCCGACCGCCCAGCUCCACCACCUUGCAGGACUGAGCCAUCUUGAAACUCACUCCGAAUCGGCAACUGCAAAUCCGUCUCCAUCUCGCACCCCUUGAAAGGUGCAAGCGAUGAUGUCUGGAGGGCCCCUGCACGUCAAGACCCCCAUCCGAGACAGCAUGUCCCUGUCCAAAGUGGCAGGCACAAGCGUCUACCUCAAGAUGGACAGUGCCCAACCGUCAGGCUCCUUCAAGAUCCGGGGCAUCGGACACCUUUGCAAGAUGUGGGCUGAGCAAGGCUGUGAACAUUUCGUCUGCUCCUCCGCGGGCAACGCAGGCCUGGCAGCUGCCUAUGCCGCCAGGAAGCUGGGCAUCCCUGCCACCAUCGUUGUGCCCAGCACCACACCUGCCCUCACCAUUGAGCGGCUCAAGAAUGAAGGCGCCAUAGUCAAGGUGGCGGGGGAGAUGUUGGACGAGGCCUUCGAGCUGGCCAAGGCCCUGGCAAAGAACAACCCAGGCUGGGUCUACGUUCCUCCCUUUGACGACCCCCUCAUCUGGGAAGGCCACGCAUCCAUCGUGAAGGAGCUGAAGGAGACGCUGAGCGCAAAGCCAGGGGCCAUCGCGCUGUCGGUGGGCGGCGGGGGCCUGCUGUGCGGAGUGGUCCAGGGGCUGCAGGAGGUGGGCUGGGGGGAUGUGCCCAUCAUCGCCAUGGAGACUGACGGAGCCCACAGCUUCCACACUGCCAUCACCGCUGGCAAGCUUGUCUCCCUGCCCCAGGUCACCAGCGUGGCCAAGGCCCUCUGCGUGAAGACCGUGGGGGCUCAGGCCCUGAAGCUGUUUCAGGAACACCCCAUCUUCUCUGAAGUCAUCUCGGACCAGGAGGCUGUGACUGCCAUUGAGAAGUUCGUGGAUGACGAGAAGAUCCUGGUGGAGCCCGCCUGUGGUGCAGCCCUGGCCGCCGUGUACAGCCGUGUGGUUCAGAAGCUGCAGGGAGAGGGCAAGCUCCAGGCCCCGCUGCCCUCCCUCGUGGUCAUUAUCUGUGGGGGCAGCAACAUCAGUCUAGGCCAGCUGCAGGCCCUCAAGGAACAGCUGGGCUUGAAGAACAGGUUGCCCAAGUGA